UCUUGAAUGUAUACAUAUCGUGGAAGUGGCCACCUCUGCUAUAUUUUCAACUAUGCAGUUCUUCAAAACCCAGUUUGGCUUUUGUUACUCGCCAGUUGCAAUCUUGUAGCUUCUUCCGCUUCGUCAUAUUCGCGUGAUGAAUCUGUGUUUGCAGAGAGCUAUGAUUAUAUCAUUGUCGGUGGUGGAACGAGUGGCUUAGUUGUUGCAAAUCGAUUAUCUGAAGAUCCUACUAAUGACAGCUCUCUCGCCUUAAUCCCAAGACUCGAUCUCCAAUAUUUCCCUAACAAUGUAAAGAAUUGGGAUUAUAUUUCCGCGCCCGUUGAAAUACUGUCAAAUGCAACCUUCAACGUCUACAUCGCUGAUGUAGUAGGAGGUAGUUCCUUACACAUGUUGGGAACCUUUACCCCUCCAUCAGAAGAGCUUAAAACACAUUUCGAUAUCAGGAAUAACGCUUCUGGGUAUGGGAAUAAACCUAUUCAAAUCGGUUAUCCCUCUUUCAUCUUCCGCGAUUACAGAAACCAAACUCUAGCCGCGGAAGAUUUUGGAAUCGAGAUAUCGGAUGCACCGGAAUCCGGUGAUGCGAUUGGUUUCUAUUGGGUUCCUCAGACUCUUGAUCCGAAGACCGGGUUUCGUUCGCAUUCGCGUGUCGCUUAUUAUGAUCCUAUUACUAGUCGACCCAAUCUCCACCUUAUUCCAGGUCAUUUAGUCGAAAAGAUUCUUUUCGAUGACAAUCUCACUGCUACUGGUGUGGAACUUACAUCUGUCCAGACAAAUCAAACACAGAUAGUAUCAGCAAAGAAAGAAGUCAUCCUCGCAGCCGGUGCGAUCAACACACCCAAGCUUCUACAAUUCAGUGGAAUAUGUCCCACCACUGUACUCGAAGCUGUGGGAGUGCAAGUGCUUCUCGAUGAACCGGCUGUAGGGGCAAAUUUUCAGGAUCAUCCGGUUACGUAUCUCGGCUGGAAUGGACAAUAUACUCAAGGCACUUUUCCCGAUGCAGCAUUUAUUCCUCUCUCUUUCUCUCAACUCAUAUCCCCAAACCAGGAAAUCAUCGACCAAGCUCGCGCUCAAAAUGUGUCAAACUACAUCCCAUCUAUCUACCUCAACAGCUCGGCGCUUCUCAAAGGGUAUCUUACCCAACGCGAUAUCAUCCUCAAUCAUUUCUCUCGAACCAACGGAGCAGUGAUAGAAAUUCCCAUUGGCACCACAGGACCCGAGAUUCUCGCAGCGCUGAUUAGCGUAGGCGCUAUCGCGCCGAGUUUUGCGCAUUCGUCUGGGAUGUGUGCGUUGGGGAAGAGGGAAUGGGGAGGCUGUGUGGGAAAGAAUUUCUCGGUGUAUGGGCUGCGGAAGGUGAGUGUCGCGGAUGCGAGUGUCAUGCCGCUUGUUCCAGCGACGCAUUUGCAGUUGACGGUCUUUGGGGUGGCGGAGAAGGCGGGGGAUAUUAUUAAGGGGAGGACAUGA